AUGGAUGAGACUGGAUUCCGCAUUGGGAUUGGAAAGGACCAAUUCAUUGACACUAGAAGGAAGAGGGCUCAUUAUUUCGGGUUGCCCGAGAACAGAGAGUCUGCCACUGCGAUCGAGAGUAUCUCUGCAGGAGGGCGUGUGCUCCCUGCGUUUCUCAUCCUUUCGGGGCAGAUGCACAUGGCCAAGUGGUAUGGGGUGCCUGGUUUGGAUGACAACGCUGCCAUCAGGCCAACUCCUAGUGGCUAUUCAAACGAUGAGAUAAGUCUUGAGUGGCUUGAGCACUUCAAUAAGUGGUCGGCGAAGAGCUCCCUGGGAAGGAAGCGUCUUCUUAUUGUGGAUGGUCACGGUUCGCACCACACCAAGCGGUUUAUCCAGUACUGUGCUGAUCACGAUAUCAUCCCCUUUGGUAUGCCCCCAAACCUUACGCAUAUCCUCCAACCUCUUGAUGUUGUAGUCUUUCAGCCACUGAAGCACUACCAUGCAAAAGCUCUGGAUAUUUUGGUUCGAGAUGGACUUGUCCAUAUUGGCAAGCUUGAGUUCCUUUCUUGUAUAGGCAAUGUGCGAGAUCAAGUGUUUAAGGGGAGUACAAUACGCUCGGCAUUUAAGAAAACUGGGAUCCAUCCCUUCAAUCCACAGGCAGUCCUCGAAAUCUUAGCCGCUCGGCAACCCGAAAGCACUCCUUCUCCGCCUUCCACUGUAUUACAGUCCUCGCCAUUUGGGACUCCGGUAACACUUCGUCAAAUGAACAAGGUCGCUGAUAGGGUCAGUAGAGUAAUCAGGGAAGAUGAAGAUCUUGACCCUAAUCUUCGUUACGAAAUGAGUCGCUUCAUCAGAGGAUCGCUAUCAUUGGCUACGGAGCUAAUACAAACCAAGAGGGACUUGGGGAGCACCAAAAUGGCUGAGCAUCUCGCACAACAACGUAAUGCCUUGAAGAAUAGUCCAUUACAGUCAGGAGGGGUGUUAACAGUAGCCCAGGGUCGUGAGAUGGUGAGACAGAGGGAGGAAGACCAACUGGCUAAGGCGAGGAGGAUGGUCGAGGCCGCAGAGUUGCGGGCGCUCAUCACCCGCAAACGUGUAAUUGAAGAAGCAGCAAAAGUGGCCCGUAAAUGGAGGGCUUCUGAAAGACUGGGAAGAGUAGAAGUAGUCGAUUCUAAGUUGGUAGGCGGCUGUUGA